AGUUUGCAUAAAAGCCGACCACGUGAUCUCCCUCCAUCGUGCUGUUUCCUCCUGAAGGUGAAGCUGCUGUUUCCUCUCCUCCGGCCUCCUUUACAAUCAGUCAGAAGAUGUCAACAGUAUCAGCCGCCAGCAUGGAGCCUGCUGCCGAAGCCACCGAGCAGAAGAAGCCACUCAAAGCAUGCUGUGCUUGUCCAGAGACCAAGAAAGUCAGGGAUGCCUGCAUCAUUGAGAAGGGAGAGGAGAGCUGCACAGUCCUGAUUGAGGCACACAAAGACUGCAUGCGGGCGCUUGGAUUCAAGAUCUAACUUCUCCAUUUUCAUGUGCGAGUGUGUGAGUUGCUGUGCAAGACGACCUCCUGUGUUCCCUUCUCUUUCUCCCUCUUAUUUAUACCACAACCAGCAGGGAACUGUGACGAUGCACUUCGGGUCUGACGGGUUGACUGUCCUUUUCUGUGAAAUCUGUUUUUUAAGUCUUCAGAAUUUGAGAAAUGUGUGAAUAUCUAAAAAAAAAAAAAAUGCGCUCUGUUGAAUAAAG